AUGCCCUUAGCCCUUAGCCUUAGCCUAUUUUUAUAUGAAGUUAUAUUAAGACGCGCGGAAGAAGAUCUGAGGAGAUGGAAUGAAGAGUGGAGAGGGAAGCUGAACCAGUUGUUGUUGGAAGGAGUGGCAGAAAGGCUUGAGGAGUUUAAUUUCUUAAAAGAAGAACUGAAGUCGUUAGAAGCGGAAAAGAAGAAGAGGGAAGAUCAGGUGGAGUAUUUUCUAAAAAAAUUAGUUGAAUUUGACGAAGAAAAAGAAAAUUUACAAGCUAUUCAAUAUACUCGACGUCAUUUACGUGUUUUUAAUACCACUGGUGCUGUUAAUGAAAAUUUCCAUUAUGUUGUCCCACUACAAGACUUGAGAGGUGCUUCUAUCAUGGAACGAAUUGCUAAUGGUACUUAUCUUCUUCUUCAUGGUGCACGCCAGACUGGAAAAUCAUCACACCUUGAAUAUGUUCGCUCUGUUGCUCUCAGAGGAUGGCUUCCUGAUAUCAAUUCUCAGGUUAUUAAAAGGCAUUGUAGUAAAGGAUUAAUAGUCAUUCAAUUGAACUUUGAGCUUGUUGAUUUUUCAUCAUUAGAUAGUUUUUGGGAUUCUAUUUUUUCAAUAUUUGCAAAAUAUAAUCCUAAGCAUUUUGACAUUGACAUAGAAGCUUUGCAAAAACUUUCACCUUCUGCAAAAAAACAGGCUUUUCAGAACUUAUUUCUUUUAGAAAAGUUCCCAAAAUUAGUUCUUCUACUUGUUGAUGAAUUUGAUAUGAUUUUGAAACAAAUUACUAUCAAAUUUGAGUUUUUAUCUGCAUUACUCGUAGCUGCUGGAACAUAUAACAUUACAACACUUCUUGAAUCAACAUCAAAUCAAGACAGUUCUUUUGGCAAAAAUGACAUACUACCACAUAUUAUUUAUCAAUCACCAUUUAAUGUUAAAGAGGUUAUGUGGUGUAUGGAUCUAGAUACUCUCAAUUCAAUUGCCACAGAUAUUUAUGAACGUACUCAUGGUCAUCCAGGACUCACAAGUCAGUGUGGUCAGAUACUUAAAGAUGAAGUUUUAAGUAGAAAAUCAAAUAGUCAACUUGUCACAGCUGCGAGGAAACUUCUCACUACUUAUUUAUAUCACACUUUUCUUGCUGAACCAACAUUAGAUGUACUUCCUGCUGCUAAUUAUCUAAUAGCAAUUGAAAUUUUUUCUCCUGAUAAUGGGUCUGUUAAAAUAUUAAUACUUCUUCAACAUGCAGUUAAGCUGUUACAACCGCAAACAUUGCUAGCACAAGAAGUAUUAAAUUUGGAGAAGACUCGUAUAUUGGGAGAUGCUUGGAAUGACUUAUUUGUUUUACUUGAAGCAAAAGAUCCACUUAAUAUGGGACAACGUCGUCUGGAUUUACUUAUUCGUAAUAGUAAGAAAUUUGUUAUAGAAUUGAAGGUAGAUUCAACAUCUGAAAAUGAAGUAAAUGAUUCAAUUUCACAACUUGAAGAUUAUGCAGAUGCAAUAGAUGCUGAUGAAUCCUAUCUUAUUAUAUACACUAAAAAUCUUCCAAAUAUAUAUAAGCAAAUAGUUACGUUGACACAAUCUACUAUUAUUUGGCUCGUUAACAAAAAAGGACAUAGAAAGUUAGAUUUUGUUAUUGCAAAUCAAGAGAUAAUUAAGAUUGAUUUACAAAAACAUUUCUAA